AACGGUGAUUUGCUGACUAUGAUCCAAACCCCCAGCCCUUUUCGAAAUUUUAUCUUCUUUGUUUUACAUUUCACAUCUUUCCCUUCUUCACCAAGCAUUCAACCAUGGACGAUCACACCGCUGUGUCUCAGAUUUCAGGGACCAUGGCCGCUCCUUCCCAGCGCGAAGCCCAGGACGGACCAUUGCUACCACAACCCCGUCUCUCUCCUCUCUCUCCCCUCGCCCCCAGCAAGCGAAAGAGAAGCAACAACAGGCGAAAACCAGCAGCUCCUCCCACUGCUCCACCCACCUCCAACCAACCAAUUCCAAUGAAACAGGUAUUUUCCAAUUCCUCCUCUAAUAAUGUAAACCCAUCUCCAAGCAACUUCAGUAAUAGAAACCCAAAUGAACCCACAACUUGGUCGACAACGCAAACACUCCCCAUUGAUAUGAGCGAAGAGAUCAUAUGCAUCAAUAAAGAGGCCACUACAGAGGCCCUUGUUGCUCUCUCUGCUGGUUUUCCUGCUGAUUCUCUCACCGAAGAGGAGAUUGAAGCAGGCGUUGUCUCUGUAAUUGGAGGUUUAGAACAAGUCAAUUACAUCAUCAUUCGGAACCACAUUCUCAGUAGAUGGAGAGAGAAUGUCUCUGCCUGGCUAAGCAAAGAUGCUUUUCUCCAAGCCAUUCCACCCCAUUAUCAUAACUUGCUGGAUUCUGCAUACAAUUUCAUGCUUUCUCAUGGUUACAUAAAUUUUGGGGUGGCACCUGCAAUCAAGGAGAGGUUACCAGUGGAACCCACACGAUCGAAUGUUGUUAUAAUUGGUGCCGGACUUGCAGGCUUGGCAGCUGCUCGACAGUUGAUGGCUUCCGGGUUCAAAGUGGUUGUUUUAGAAGGUAGAAAGAGAGCUGGAGGAAGGGUUUAUACAAAGAAAAUGGAAGGGGGAAACAAGGUUGCCUCAGCUGACCUAGGAGGAAGUGUUCUCACUGGAACCUUAGGAAACCCACUUGGGAUUUUGGCCAAACAGCUCUCUUACCCACUUCACAAGGUCCGGGAUAAGUGCCCCCUCUAUAAAACUGAUGGCCUACCUGUUGAUCCAGUCAUGGAUAUCAAGAUCGAGAAUGCUUUUAAUCGAUUGUUGGAUAAGGCAAGUAGGUUAAGGCAAUUGAUGGGGGAAGUUGCAGUUGAUGUUUCUCUUGGUGCUGCAUUGGAGACUUUCAGGGAGGUUUAUGGGGAUGCAGUGAACAUGGAGGAAAUGAGCCUUUUUAAUUGGCAUCUAGCAAAUUUGGAGUAUGCAAAUGCCGGUCUUCUCUCUAAGCUAUCGCUCGCUUUUUGGGACCAAGAUGAUCCUUAUGACAUGGGAGGUGAUCACUGUUUUGUACCGGGGGGGAAUGGGAGGUUGGUUCAGGCUUUGGUUGAGAACGUGCCUGUGUUUUACGAGAAGAUGGUGCACACAAUUCGAUACGGGUCAGAUGGGGUACAGGUUCAUGCCGGAAACCAGGUUUUUGAGGGAGAAAUGGCCCUUUGUACGGUACCACUAGGGGUUUUGAAGAGCAAUUCGAUAAGGUUUAUACCUGAGCUUCCUCAAAGGAAGCUUGAUGGGAUAAAGAGAUUGGGUUUUGGAUUACUGAACAAGGUAGCAAUGCUCUUUCCCCAUGUUUUUUGGGAAUUAGAUCUUGACACUUUUGGGCAUCUAUCUGAUGAUCCAAUGAGGAGAGGGGAGUUCUUCUUGUUUUAUAGCUAUGCUACUGUGGCUGGGGGGCCUCUCCUCAUUGCAUUGGUUGCGGGUGACGCUGCGCACAGGUUCGAAAGCAUGCCUCCAACAGAUGCUGUUACUCGAGUUCUUCAAAUACUCAGGGGUAUAUAUGUCCCCAAAGGAAUCGAUGUUCCAGACCCUAUUCAAACAGUUUGCACGAGAUGGGGUAGUGACCCUCUCAGUCUAGGGUCUUAUUCACAUGUUGCAGUGGGAGCAUCAGGGGAUGAUUAUGACAUAUUGGCAGAAAAUGUUGGCGAUGGAAGGCUUUUCUUUGCAGGCGAGGCGACUACUCGGCGUUACCCAGCUACUAUGCAUGGUGCAUUCUUGAGUGGUUUGAGGGAGGCUGCCAAUAUAUCUCACUAUGCAAAUGCUCGAUCCUUGAAGGCAAAAGUGGAAAGAGGUCCCUCUAAGAAUUUGCAGUCAUGUGCUGCUCUUCUUGCUGAUUUGUUCAGGCAACCUGAUCUUGAAUUUGGAAGCUUUGCUGUUCUCUUUGGUCCUCAGACUGAUCCAAAACCAAUGGCAAUAUUGAGAGUUACGAUUGGUGGCACCAAAAGAAAGGGAACCGAAGGGGCAAAAUCAGAUCAACAACAUUCUAAUAAGCUUCUAUUUCAGCAACUUCAGUCGCAUUUUAACCAACAGCAGCAGCUUCAUGUGUACACUUUGUUGUCAAGGCAGCAAGCACUUGAUCUGAGAGAAGUGAGAGGAGGGGAUGAGAUGAGGUUGAAUUAUCUUUGUGAGAAGUUGGGUGUGAAGCUAGUCGGGAGACGGGGAUUGGGUUCUAAUGUUGAUUCACUUAUUGCUGCUAUAAAGGCUGAGAAAGGAAAUCAACAGCCAGCUUCAGCUUCUUUGGAUUUCAAAUUUGAUAAUUGAAGUCGUUCAUCUGGCAUCAAAUGUCAGGUUAGAAGAAUGCACCCAAAUUAUUUUCUCAUUUUCACAACAUUUUGUAAAGUUAUCAAAUUGUUGAAUCCGUUGGAUAGCUUACUUCUGAUGUGAUUGGCCGUAAUUGUAUGAUUUAAAUGAGGGAGCCUCUAGAUAUACAUCUUUUAAUUGAAUUAUCUUCUGAUAUUCAUAGGUAGAUGUUGGGAAGCUUUUCUCAUUCAUCGGAUCAUAUUCUUUAUGUUGAUUAAUUUUGAAAUCCUGUAGAAAGUUGUAUGGAUGGGCAUUAAGAGAUGUGUCAUAAUGGAAAAAAAUAUUUGUGCCUUUUUUUUGUUUCAGUUUCGUGAAACUCAUAAUUUUUAAUAACCUAGAGGAGUAUAACUUUUGCAUAGAGGAAAUACAUUGUCUUUUUUGAGGUUGUAGUGGAAUGUAAAUUGCUUAAAGGAAUGAUAUUACCAUUGCUUGUUUGGAGAUAGAAAUAAUAAACAAUUUGUUACUUUCCAAAAAUAACAAACAAUUUGUUACUUUCAAAAAGUAACAAACUAUUUGUUCGGUAUUUAUUUUCCGCCACACUUUUCUCCCUUACACGUAAUGCUGACUCUGUGAUUGCUGAGGAGGUGGUUUGGAUUGGAGGUCAAACAGUUUGGAAUCCCUCAUUCCGAAGGAACCUAAUUGAAGAGGAAAUCACCCAUUUCCAGGCCCUAUCGUCUAUCCUUCACUCUCUCUUCUUCCUGCUUCAUGUUGACGAUGUUAUAGUCUGGACUCUUUCUCAUUUUGGGAGCUUUUCGGUCUGCUCUUUCUACAAACAUUUAACUUGGCUUCACUCUGCCUCGGGUUCUCUAACCUCGGCACAAUCAAAAGUGUGGAGCACCAUUGCUUCACCUAAACCCAGACCUUCAACUGGCUAGCUUUCUCUCACAAAGCACUCACAGUGGAUAAUCUUAAGAAAAGAGUUAUCCCCAUUCCCAUUAGGUGUGCUUUAUGUGAAUAUGAGGAGGAAACAAACUUCCACCUCUUUAUUCUCUGUGACUUCUCCUUUGAUAUUUGGGGUCGUGUCCUGCAACUUUUUGGCAUUAAUUGGGUCACUCCUACCUCAAUUAAGGCCCUCAUCUCUUAUGAACUUGACUCAUACUGGCCUAAGGCUUGGAGAGUCAUGUGGAAGGCAACAGUAGCUGCAACCAUCUGGACAAUUUGGCUAGAAAGAAACGAUAGAAUCUUUCUCAGCACUAAACUCCAAACUUUGGCUAUCUUCCAAAAGUCCAUCUCUUUGGUAACUUUUUGGGUCUCGAAUCACAAGGUUUUUGCAGGCAUACUAGCGAGUUUCUUCCUUUCCAAUCCUUCACUUUCAACCGCACUUGACUACAAAGCCAAAUAAUUGGCAACCUCCGCCAGAGGAUUUCAUCAAGUUGAACUUUGAUGGAUGCUCCCUAGGCAACCCGGGCCCAGCUGGAAUAGGAGGGGCUUUCAGAGACCACAAAGGCUUUAUCAAUCUCUCUUUUUGAACACAUAGGCCACAAGGACUCUCAUCAAGCUGAAGCUUUGGCUCUAUUAUUAGCAUUGAAACGGUAUAAUCAAUCUUGGGGUUUGCACCUCAUAGUGGAAGGUGACUCAAAAAACGUCCUCUCCUGGGCAAGCAGUACUAGCCCUCCACCUUGGCACCUUUUUGCAAUUUUUGAUGAGAUACACCACAU